AUGGACAGCUUGGUGGCGCAGUACAGCAGACCCGCCUUCAAGGAUGAAGGCUAUCAAGAGCAGGACCAGCUGGAGCUUGUUGAUUGCAUGCCCACUGCCAUCGAUCUCAAGUUCGCGCUUCCUCCAGUCGCACAAGCGCAAUCAUGGCUCCGCGCAAUGACCGACGACCACUCGAACCCCAACUGCCCCAUCAAGCUCGCUCACGGAACAACUACUCUGGCCUUCAGAUUCAAGGGUGGCAUCAUUGUGGCAACAGAUUCGAGAGCAACUGCCGGAAACUGGAUUGCCAGUCAGACAGUCAAGAAGGUUAUUGAGAUCAACCCCCAGCUGUUGGGUACCAUGGCUGGUGGCGCUGCCGACUGCCAGUACUGGCUUGCCUACCUCGGUAUGCAGUGUCGCCUUCACGAGCUCCGUCACAAGCGCCGCAUCUCGGUUGCCGCCGCCUCAAAGAUUCUGGCCAACUUGGUCUACCAAUACAAGGGCAUGGGAUUGAGCAUGGUAUNNGGAACCAUGUGCGCUGGUGUCACACCGCAGGAAGGACCUGCUCUCUACUACAUCGACAGCGACGGCACACGCCUUGCCGGCAACCUCUUCUGUGUCGGCUCGGGUCAGACAUUCGCCUACGGUGUGCUCGACGCCGAAUACAGCUACGACCUGUCAGACGAGGAUGCUCUUGAACUCGGCCGCCGCAGUAUCUUGGCAGCCACCCACAGAGAUGCUUACUCAGGUGGUUACAUCAACCUGUACCACGUCAAGGAGGAGGGCUGGGUGAAGCACGGCUUCAACGACACCAACCCCAUCUUCUGGAAGACCAAGCUUGAGAAGGGCGAGUUCUCCAACGUCACAGCCGACUUGAACUAG